GCGUAAUCAUACGUACUCCUGGUCGGAAAAGUUACGCAGGACGUGCAGCGGUUCAAAGAGGAAGGAAGAUGGCGGAUAACAAAGGCGAGGAAGAUAUGGAACCGUCUGCCAAUUCGGACUCAGUGCCUUCAGUGCAAGACAAUGAGCAAACAGAGUCAAAGGACGAAAAUGCGGUAAUAAUCAUAGAAGCGAUUAUGAAGGAUGGAGACGAAACAGAGUCCAGCGACAACGCUACCGAGGCACCUACACCCACCAUCGACGGAGGGGACGUUAGCAGUGGCGGGGCGGCUGGUGCGCGGAGUGAAGCCAAUGGUAGUGCUAGCAACGCCGUCAGCCCUGCUGGGUCCAACUGCACCAAUUCAGAACCACCGGCAACUGAUGCUCUAAACGCCGGAGAUGGUUCUGUUGGUGGACACACUUCUGAAAUGUCUCCCCCUUCUACGGCUCCAGCGGCUACACCGGUAUCCACUCCCAUUAAUUUAUUGGAUACGUGCGCAGUGUGUAAACAAAGUCUUCAGAACCGUGACUGUGAACCAAAACUUCUGCCUUGUCUGCACUCGUUUUGCCUAAAAUGUAUCCCGCAACCAGAAAGACAGAUAAGCGUACAGGUACCGGGACCACACGGGCAAACUGACACACACAUAGUAAAUGUUAUGCGCUGUGCGGUGUGCCACCAGGACUAUAAACAGAGUGACAUUAUUGACAACUACUUCGUCAAAGAUACCACAGAAGCCACCAGCACAUCUGAUGAAAAGGAUGCACAGGUGUGCACAAGUUGCGAAGACAACGCGGGCACCAUAGGCUUUUGUGUGGAGUGUGGAGAAUGGCUGUGUAAGACCUGUGUGGAAGCCCACCAGAGGGUCAAAAUUACCAAGGACCACAAGAUUCACACAAAGGAAGAUGCUGGCGCUGCCCCUGAGUCUGUAGGUACGUCAGGACAGAGGCCGGUUUUCUGCCCGAUCCACAAGCAGGAGCCACUGAAGCUCUUCUGUGAGACCUGUGACACUUUGACAUGCCGAGACUGUCAGCUACUAGAGCACAAGGAGCACAGGUACCAGUUCCUGGAGGAGGCUUUCCAGAACCAGAAAGGCAUCAUUGAGACCAGUGUGACCAAACUACAGGACAAGAAGAACUACGUCCAUUACUCUGUUUCUCAGGUGCAAAGCAGGUUAAAAGAACUGAAUGAGACACAGAAGAAGGUGGAGCACGAGAUUAAAAUCGCAGUAUUUACUCUUAUUAAUGAGAUCAACAAGAAGGGGAAGUCUUUGUUGCAGCAGUUAGAGAGUGUGACCAAAGAGCGCUGUAUGAGACUUGUGGCUCAACACAAGGAUACCACCCAGCUGGCCCAACAGAUAAACCAUGUGCUCAACUUCUGCCAUUGGGCCAUCACUACUGGCAGCAGCACAGCAUUGCUCUACAGCAAGAGGCUGAUCCUAUUCCAGCUUCGCCAGCUUUUCAAGGCUAGACUGGAACCAGCACCCCAGGCCAAUGGAGUUGUCCGCUUCUUCUGUGAUCCUACCUUCUGGGCCAAAAAUGUGGUGAAUCUAGGUAAUUUGGUAAUUGAGAAGCCUCCUCCACCUGCGCAACCCCCCAAUGUGAUGGUAGGAGGACAGCCCAUUUCAACAGGCCAAGGCCACCCCAGCAAACACCCAGGACAGAUCAACCUGGCUCAGCUCCGGCUGCAACACAUGCAGCAGGCAGCCUACGCACAGCAGAAACAACAGCAGCAACAACAACAGCACCAGCAGCAGAUCCAGCAACAGAUGCGCAUCGCUUCCCAGAUGUCCCAGCAACACCCCAGACAGGCGGGCCCACCCAUGGUUCAGCAGCAGCCUCCAAGGCUCAUCAGUAUGCAGCAGCUACCAAGGGGGCCUGGGGGCAUGAAUGGUGGUCCAGGUUCCGCCAUGUACCCUUCGUCCCACCAUAUGCGUCUCCCAGGUCCACCACAGGGCAGAAUGCCCACGGCUCAGCCGAGACAUAACGGACAGCAUUACCCCCCCAUGAUGCAACCUCAGCUACAGAGACAGAUGUCUAUAGAAUCUGAGAUGAGCCACCAAAGGUUUCGUUUCUUACUACAAUCAGGGCAUUCUAACCCAGGCCAUGCGGGCCCUUUCCCGGUGGCAUCCCUACAUAAUGCCAACCCCACAAGUCCAACCAGUGCCAGUAUGGCUGGUGCCCACGCUCACCGCAGUCCUGCCAGCCCUAUCAUAGGUCCCAUCGAGCUCAUCCCCUCUGUCACCAAUCCUGAGAACCUGCCCUGCCUACCUGAGAUCCCACCCAUCCAGCUGGAGGACGCAGGUUCCAGUAGCCUUGGACACCUCUUGUCUCGCUACAUCACAGCCAGUACGCAACAUCAGCUAGGCUCAGUGGACAUGAAUCCCUCACCUGUACUGUCCACGCACUCUUCUGGAUCUUCAGGUCCAUCAAAUGCACACACACCAGCACGACCUUCUAGCACAUCCAGCACAGGCAGCAGAGGCAGCUGUAGCUCUGCAGGCAAGGCGGGGCCAGGAGGUGGAGCUGGGAUGGAGCAGGUGAAAGUGAAGCAGGAGCUGGGUACAGACGACAGCUACAGCUGUCCAGCUGCUUCUCUGAAGACAGAGCGGGGCAAAGAUGCCAGGAGUGCCUGCAUGAUGAGCAGUCCAGAGAACAGCCCCCUUCCAGUAUUGGGAGUCGUAUCUGCAGGCCAAGAUGCGCUCAAGGCUUUAGGGGAGCGCAUCAAAAAAGAACCGGAGUCUGAGACCCCUUGUUCUGGACUAAAUGGAUCCAGUGUUGCCACCUCCUCUCCCUCCGCUACCACUAUGACCUCCACUACCUCGUUAUCCUCUGAGAACAGCAGGAGCACGGCUGGAGCUUUGCUUACUAAUGGAAACUUAGACAAGGGGACAGACACCAAAGGUGGCAGAGCGUCGGCUGGAACAGACAACUCUGUUGGGAAAGAGGAAGACCCCAAUGAAGACUGGUGUGCUGUCUGUAUCAAUGGCGGUGACCUGCUGUGCUGUGACCGCUGUCCCAAAGUGUUCCAUAUGAAAUGCCAUGUACCCACCAUAAAAAUCUUUCCAAAGGGUGACUUUCUCUGCACAUUUUGCCGGAGUAUCAUCAACCCUGAGAUAGAGUACUGUGACGACAGCAGGAAAACCAGUGGCGAGCAGGGCCUGAGUCCCCAGGACCAAAGGACAUGUGAACGCAUCCUGCUGCACAUCUUCUGUCAUGAGCUCAGCGUCGGCUUCAGGAAACCUGUUCCCAGCUCAGUGCCAAACUACUACAAAAUUAUCAAGCAGCCCAUGGACCUGAAGAAAGUGAAGAGGAGACUGCAGUUACGGAGCUCCCAGUACUACAAGUCCACCCAAGAGUUUGUGUCUGAUAUGCGCCUGGUCUUCAGAAACUGUGCAAAGUACAAUGAGAUGUCUCGAAUAAUCCAGGUUUAUGAUGAGGAGAAACAGAUUAAUUCGAAGGCGGGGUCAGAGAUGGCGAUAUCUGGCGAGGCAGUGAGUCUGUACUUUGAAGAAAAGUUGAAGGAGAUGUUCCCAGGGCAAAGCUUCCCUGAAACACCUGAACCCGAGGAGACCCCUGAUGUGAAGGAAAAGGUGGAGGAUGAUACAGACGACUCUGAGGACGACUUCUUACAGCCCAGACGCAAGCGAUUAAAAACAGACGAUAAAUUGCUGCACAUCAAGUGAGAACAAGCCUCAAAAGAAACAAGAGAACUGAAAAACUGUCUUCCUCUUGUACCAUACUUCUCCUUUUGGAGGCAGCAAACAAAAAGGACAAGAUUCGCUGUACAAACUGCUUGGUUUGUCUCAUCCUUGCCCUUGAAAGAGUUACUAUCAAAAAUGUUAGACAUCUGCCUUUAUCAGAAUUCUCGAGGACAGAAACAUAGAAGAGCUGCAUUCCCUCCUUAUUUCAUGAACACUUGGGAACUCAUUUGUACAGAACUUGAAGUAGGCCUUGUUUUGCAGUAGUUAAGGGUUGGUCUUUUUUUCUAUCAUACAUUUUCAUUUGUAGAUUUGUUGUGACAGUUGCUUUAUAAAACAUUUAAAUCUUCUGUUCUCAAUGUAUUAUAUCUAUACUUUGACAUGAAAAAAUAGCAAGUAUUUGUAUGAAUUUGUGGAAGCGUUAUGUAAAUAAGAGAAUCUAGCCCACUGAAGGUAUUCCUACAGUAUAGAUGUUUGGGUGCAUCAUCAAUAAAACCUGUUCCUGACAUAUAUCAGAGAAAA